AGCAGGUUUUUUUUGGAAGAAGGUUGGAGCUGAAUGAGAAUGAAAGGCCUUUGUCGAGUGUGUUGCAGCAAACUGCAAGGAAACCAGCGUCGCUGGAUUUUCAACACCUGUACCAAGAGAAGAUUACAAAUUGUUCUGUCGUAUGUGUUGGGUUGUAACAUUAGACGUGACGGCCAAGGAGAGUUCGUGUGUAGUAAAUGUGCCUUCAUGUUGGAGAGGGUGAUCAAAUAUGAUAUUGUUAUUGCUCGUGUUAAAACUGUUUCCAGUGAGAGGCUACAGAUGUUAGCAGCAGAAAAAGACCAAUUAAUUCAAUGUAUUGUGCACUUGUACUUUAGGCACAGUGAAAUUUUUAAAAGUUCCUGUCAUACAGAAGUAGGCCUUCCUCUUGAAAGUUCUGAUCAGCCCUCUGUACAGUAUGGCCUGCUCCUUGAAGAUGAAUCCAUUUUGUCUGAAUUUUGGAUGCCAAAGAAGAGUAGCAAGAAAAUCCUGGGCUGCUCAAACUGCUGGCGUUCCUUUACUGAAGGGCACAAGAAGAGAUGGUGCCUCUGUUCUGAGUCUGUUAGAAUAGCUAACGUAUUCUGUGACUUGGUGUGUUCUACUCCUGUACGGGCCAUGCAAGGAAACUUGAGAGGAAAUGAGGGUUCACAAAGCCAUUCACAGAGUUUGUGCUUUGAUUUGGUGCCGAGAAGCCCGGCCUCUGUGGGGAAGCUGUCUGGUCGUCUUUGUACCAGCAAUCUGGAAACUGAGAGCAUGCCGGUAUUAAAUCCCACCAAGCUUGAUUGGAACAUCAGAGAAUCAGAAAAUUUUCAGCUGAACUCCACAUCGACUGAAAAUUCCCCCUCAAUGUGGCAGUCGAUUGCAAAUGCAAUUUGGAAAAUUAAGCAUGUUCAGUACAGACCAGUGACAUUUUUCCCCAAGAGCAGGAUACCUAGGCUUGUGCCACUUUCCACAUGGACACUGACAGAGAGAUACAACGUUGCAGCAGAUGUUCAAGGAGGCUUUAACCCUGACAGUACAACAUCUGACCAGGAACUGUGGAAUGAGCUGGAACAUGACUCUCCUUUCAAAUCUGAGAACCUAGCAGAGAAACAGAGGCAGCUGGGGCAGUUGGAGAUGGAGGCUAAACAGCUGAAAGCCGACCUUGAGAUGGCUGAAACUGCUAACAGUACUUUACAAGAGAAGUUAAAGGAAGCAGAUGCUGCAAAUGAGGCUCUUCAAGGACAGGCUAAUGAGAAGAUGAAUGAGCUGGCUGCUGAGAAGCAGAACAGUCUGAAACGUGAUAAAACCAUUCAAGGACUGACUUUGGCUCUGAAGACUAAGGAUAAUGAGAUCAAGGAGCUUUAUCAUGAGAUUGAAGAGCGAGAUAAUGCCCUGGUUAAAGCGAGGGAUUCAUUACAUAAAGCUCAGCUGCAGAAAUUUCAGGGAGCUGAAGAAUAUCAAAGUCUCCUUACUGAGAAAGAAAGUGAGCUUGCUGAGGUUCAGGCUGAUCGUAAUGGAAAAGCAUUGGAGGUUCAGAAGUUGCAAAGAGCACUGAGCCGGCGAGAGCAGGAGCUAAAGGAUUUGACCGCGAUAAAGGUUAAGCUUGAAGAAGAGGUGGAAGAUCUGCAACUUCAGAAAACAAAGAGUGACAAGACUAUAAAUGAUAUUCAGAAUCACAUUCAGAAGUUGGGUGCUGAGUUGGCGGAGAAAGAGCGUGCAUUAGAGCACCAGUACCAGUCUCAGUUAACCGAGAACAAGCAGAAACUGCAGAGCCAAGAGCUGGUUAUUGAGCGGUUAACGGACAGCUUGAACAACAAGGAUAGGCUCCUUCAGGAAUACAUGGAGCUGCUAAAAGGAGUUCCACAAGCAGCAGACCAGAUUCCAAGUGGAAAGGAUGCCUUAUUAGCUAAACUGCGUGAUCGUCUGAGGGAAAAAGAUAUAGCUCUCGAGCAAACCCUUGAUCAGAAAUACGCAGCUCUCGAUGAAAAGGAAAAUGAGAUUCAGCAGUUACAUUUGGCUUUGAGAGAAAAAGAGCACAAUUUUGAUCAACUGAAGAGUCUUCUCGCCAAUCGUGAAGAAACCAUUAAUAGCUUGGAUGGUACAAUUAAAGAGAAAGAUGUCGAGCUGCAACGCCUGACAAAUAUGUGCAAGAGUUUGCAGAGGUUGAAACAAGAGCUGGAGGACAGUCAGAUGCAGUCUCUCCGUGAGAAGGAUGCAGUUAUAUUACAGCUGCAGCAAUUGCUUAAAGAGAAGAAUGAUAGCUUGGAGGAAAUGACAAACACAUUGCUCAGCCAAUCUCAUUGUGGCACCAAGGACCUGGCAGAGCAUUUGAAUCAGCGGCUAAAGGUUCAGGAGAAGAUGCUGGAGAAUGCUUGGGCAGAGAGGAAGAAGCUGAGUUCAGAGCAUGCAAAGGAAAUUGAGGAGCUCUUAAACACCAUUAACAGCAAGGAUCAGCUCCUCAGGGAGGCUUCAGAGCAUUCUAAUAGUUGUCUGUCGAAACUUGGACGUGGCAUUGAGGGUCUGAAUCAACAAAAUGCUGAGAAACCUGCAACAGGCCCAGUGGGAUACGAUUCCAUGUUAAACCAAGAUCAGACACUCCAAAUUGCUCAGCUUAAAGCCGCUUUGGAUGAAAAAGAUAAGAUCAUUGAUAAAUUGGUAGAACACGGGCAAAAAGAUCAACAUUCCCCUCAACAUGAAGCACUGAAUUCCUCACAUGUUCUUGAGCUGAAGCAAACAAUACAGAUAUUGCAGGAACAGCUGCAUGAGAGAGAUGGUGAAUUUACUCAGGAUUCUGCAGAAGAGGAGGUCCAUGGUAAAGUACCCCAUAGCAAGAAGAGUUCAGCCAACUUGAAGAAAGAGCUUGCCCAAAAAUCCAGAGAAUUGGAUGAAGCCUUGGAGAGGGAAAAUGAGGCAAAAGUGGGAGUGAUUCAACUUCAAGCUCUUCUUGACCAGUUGGAAAAAGAUGCUCAAAUACAGGCUGCAAAUGUUGAAGAAUUAACUAAAGCUUUGCAAAUUAACAAUGAAGUCAUUAAAAACAUUCAGCCUGGAUUUUCAUCUGAGCUAAAGGGAACAGAGCAGGUGAUACGGGAAAUGAUCGUACUGAAGGAUGAUAUCCAGAGACCUGGCCAUCUGCCAAGAGAGAGAACGAUCAUCGGAGGAGAUGGCCAGCAGCCUGUACAGGCCUUAGAGGAUCAGGUUUCAGAAGAAAGCUUGCACCAGGCACUGAAGACAGAGCAGCAACUGUACUCCAGACUCAUCAAGGCAGUGAAAGACUCAGACAGUUGCAGUCGCAUCCAGGCCUUGCAGGUGGAGCUGACAGGCAUUCAGUUGUUACGACAGCAACUCGAGGAGAGCAUUCAAACCAACCGAGAUCUGCAGAAGAACUUGGAACAACAAAUUCAGGCCACCAAAGAAAAAGAAGCCGUUUCCAAAGGAGAUGUAGUUGACUUUAGUGAGGUGGGUUCUCUGCGACCCCAGCUGGAAGACGCGCAACGCUGGAAUGUUUCACUGCAGUCGCAACUUGGACAGAUGCAGGCCCGAGCUGGUGAAGUGGGGGCAGCCAACGAUUCAGGAAAUACUUUUACAAGCUGUGGAGACCAGACUUCAUACCUCAGCAUCUGCCUGGGCCAGUUUGAUGAUCUGGAGCAGGAGGUAGUCAAUCUCUCCCUGCCAGAGCUUCGACAAAAGAUUAUUGAACUUCUGAAAUCCCUGAAAACAUUACAAGCCAACAACCAAGAGUUGCAAGCUAGGGUUAGCAUGUCAGAGCAUUCUGUUCUUGGCUCUAGCAGCAAGGAAAAUCCACAGGAACCGGUGAUGGUUGCACAGCUGCUUCAUCAAAGACCAGAAGAAUCAAUGAAAAUAAAUACAGUCCUUCAGGAACCGCUACAAAGCAUUAACCAGCUUGAGGACCGCAGUUUGGGCAUAUCCAAAGAUGACAAGUGUAUACAGACGGUUGAAGUUGAACUGGCAGAGACGAUACCAUCGCAGCUGCCGGUUACUGCUGCUGAGAAAAACUGGAAACUGGAUUCUGCUUUGGUUUCUAGAGUUUCUGCUGCUGAUAGUUCAGAUUGUACCAAGCUAUUUGAUGAACUGAACAAGAUUAAUUCUGAACUGGAAGACAAAUGUGGACAGCUGCAAGAAGCCAAGACUCAGCUGGAGAUGACUGAAUGCCAGUUGCAUGAAUUGGAGGCCCAGAGUCGAGAAACAAAGGAAGAAGUUGGCACAAUAAGGUGGCUGCUGGAGGAGAAUGGUGUAUCCUCGGUGACUGAGCUUGGAAAUGAAAUAAUGAAAUUGAGAGAAGAAAUAACACAACUGCACAAUCAACUUGGAGAGAGCUUGUCAGUAAGUGAGAACGAAGGUGAGGAAGAAGUGGAUGAGGAGAGCAAAGGAGGCCUAAGAAAAACAGUUUUGAGGUUAAAAAUCAAAUCGAAGAAACAGAGGAAGGUGCAUGACCUCAAGCAACAGAUAGAGCUCAACUCCUCUGGUGAGGGUGUACGAUUCAACCCUGACUUGAUAGUAAGCAUGGCAAAGGAAAUGGAACACUUGAAGGAGCAUCUCGAAGCUGCUAAUCAAAAGAGAACAAAGGAAAUGCAGACAGAAGUGGGUAAAGACCACCAGGAAUCAAAAGUGACACAGUCGCAUCCUUUGAACAUUAGAAAAUACAAGGCAAAGAACUCUAAGCAGAUCAGUACAAGGUCUCGUCUCCCUGUCCCAUUAAAACAAUCAAGAUCGAUCCACAGUGUUAAUACUGCCACCUCUGGCCAAGGUUUACCAUCUGACCAUCAACAAGUUGAUCAGUUGAGGGCAGCAGUGAAGGAUGAUGAACAACUACAGAGUAAGCUCUUUGUAGAUGAGACAACGCUUGUCAGCCAGACAGCGAAGUUAAGGCCUUAUUGUGCUCCUAUCCUUGCUGAAUCAUCUUUGAAACAAGAUGAUAAGGAGGUCCAAGUGGACUUGCAGGAUCUUGGUUAUGAAACCUGUGGAAAAAGUGAUGCGGACAGGGAUGAGAGCAGUAGCCCAGACACAGGCAGGCAGUUACCUGUCCAUUGCUACAGUGACUCGGCCGUUCCUGCCCUGCAUAAGCUAAGCCGUCGCUUUUUCUCUAUGGAAAAUCUGGACACAAAUUCGUCAACUUCAUACCCAAGUUCACCAAGUUUGAUUUCACCCAAAAUCAGCUUGAAGAAUCUUGAUGUUUUCUAUGAUUAUGGACAAACGGAUGAUGCCAGUGAACUCAAACUUCAGAUUGGUGAACUAAAGGCUCAGAUUGAGAAGUAUCGGAAAGUACUUCACCACCUGCAGACGCAUGUGCGCAAGAACUCUCUGUCCAGUGACCAGUUGACCAUUUCAGACCAAAGCCACCAGACUCCAACUCGAAGUUCAUAUGAUAGACACUCUCUGGAAAGCUUCCCAAAAGAUAAUGACAACAAUUACAGCCACAGAAGACAUUCUAUCCAGUCUUCUGAUCUAGGUGUUCAAACCAGCCAGCAGAUUGGCGAUCUUUCCAAUUGUGCAUCCAGAUCUCAGAGCGUGGAUUUCGGAAGCCAGCAUGAGAAAGGGGACUGGCUGAUGUCUGUUUAUUGUCAGGAUGGACAGCUGGUACAGAAGUUAAAGGAACAAAUAGAGCAACUAGAAAAUCAGUUACAGAAAGAGAGUGCACGGAAUGAGGAGCUGCAUGAUCAACUUCAAAGCAAACUGGCACCAGCGUUACCAGCUCAAAAGUAUGAUUCUCUGGUACAGUUGCAAGCAAGAGAGCUCUCACAUCUCCGACAGCAAAUUAAAGAAAAUCGCAACGUCUUCUCCUUGCAUCACCAGUCCCUUGUGGAUCUAACUAAAGCCUUUGAGCAGCUGUUGCAGGCCAGCGAUGUUGACUAUUACGUUGGGGAAGCCUUCCGUGAUCAACUAAACCAGAGUCUGCAGCUGGUAGAAAAGCUAGAGAGCAAGCUUGAUGGUGGUAUUACAGGAGAUGCAUCAUCUGCUUUUGGAGACAACACUUUUGUUGAUUUCUCUCAAAGUGCCCGCAGCCUGCAGUGUGAGAUUCUGUACCUUCGAAAACAGCUGGAGAGAGAACGCAAACACCUACACGAGCGUUUGAAUGAGGCGCUACACGAGAAUCAGUCCUUGUCACGCGCAACGAAAGAGCAACUUGCGCAAUUUGCAAAAGAAGUGCAGGAAAAAAAUAAAACGAUACAUUACCUGCAGCAACAGUUGCACACGACGCCCGUUAAUCUGGUUGCUUCAGAUUCUGAAAUAUCAGAUAGAAACUCCAUUAGUUCACAUGAGGGUCGCUCAACAACAUCUGAACCGCCAGUUGCUAAAAACUCAAGUAAGAACCGUGGCAGUAGAGAGCGAAGCUUUCGACAGAAGCUGAACCACAACUCCUCAGGUGGUUUCCCAGCAACUAACUCAGACACAAGCUUACAGGGUGAUCCAUGUAACAAAGAGAGAGUAAGGAAUGGACUCACUGUUUCGUCAUGUGUAACAGCACAACCUCCAGCAGACAAUGUGGAUGGAACCUCGGUGUCUCAAGUGUCACCUACAAGUGACUGGCUGGUUGGCUAUGCUGAUGCUCAGGCACUGUAUGAGCUGGAAAGGGAGAAUUGUACAUUGCGAGAACAGCUGAUGAACAAGGAAGAGUUAAAUGAGACUUUACGCACAGAGCUCGACUUGCAUCGCUCCAUCUUGACACAUAAAGAGCAGGAUGCUGAUAGCCAUGUUGCUUUUUCCCUUGAUCGUAGUGGUCACACCUUAACAGCAGACAAGCACACAGAGCCAAAACAUGACUCUGGCCUGCCUACUGUAGGCGACUUGGCAGCCCACCUACAUGAAAUCCGGAGUUUAAGGCAACGUUUGGAGGAAUCUAUUAGAAAUAAUGACAAGUUAAGGCAGCAACUGGUAUGCCAACUUUCUGCAGCUGAAAAUGAUCCAGCUCCCACAAAUAUUUUCAUCCAUGGUACUGAUGAGCACACUCACAUGAUGGAUGAGAUUCGUUAUCUGAAGGAACAAAACAUGGCUCUCAAGGUGCAGCUGACGAAAAGCUCCAGAGACAAACAGAGAGAAAAUGGGAAACUAAGGGAAUCUCUGUCAAAGAAGGUAGCCAGCAUCGAACGCCUACGUAACGAGUGCGAGCGGGUAAAGAGGGAAAGUACUCAACUACAGCUCAAAGUUAACAAUUCCCAUGAAGAAAACAGACAAUUAAGGGAUGAGUUGCACUACAGUCGUGAAGAAAUAAGCAGGCUGCAGCAAGAACUGAACUUGCAGCAUCAGCUCUUCACCGAGAAUCAGGAGCUGCUGCAGUCGCUGCAGGUGGAACUCCGGGUAUAUGAGCAGCUAAAGGGAACUAAAGCAGAGCCUGUACACCCUACGAGCCCUGGAUCACUCAACCAUCUUCAGGGAUCUGCUGCUGAUCUGAGUGAUCUAACGGCAGAGAUUCGCUGCCUUCGAAUUCAGCUGGAACGAAGCAUUCAAACCAAUACUGCUCUACGUCAGAAGCUGGAAGAACAGCUUCGGAAAGGACAGCUGAGAAAUGAAGGCAGCCCUUCCACUAUUAAUAUAAACUAUCUCUUGUCAAGGAGUCACAGGAGUGCUGGAGUGAGACAACUGUAUCGAGAUUCUGAAGCUGACUCUUCAGCAGAGGAGAGUAAAGAAAACUUCCAGUCCCAUGGGUUCCCAACGCUGCCCAGAUCUGCAAAUGUUGGCACAGCCUCUGAAAGUUCGUCGUUCGCUAUCCCAGGUAUCAAAGUCCUGCCGAAAGAUGAUUCUGACAGCUGCUCCCACUACACCGAGAGCUUGGUGGGAAGCUUAUCACACAAACCAGCUCGUCGGAUAUGGGCGGACAGAGAUGGACUGUGUGUACUUGGUCUACUGGACGAUUACACUGCACUCCGCAAGCAUCUCUCUGAGGGCCGCUCCUUGCUGCAUGGAAUGGACACUCGCCUUGGAGCGGCAGCGUGCCAGAGUACUGCGGCAAUGGGUGCUGUUGAACCUUUGCUGAAGGACUUGUCAUCAAAUGUAAGCAGCAUGCAGCAAGUGCUCGAGGAAGCAGGACGCUUACUAAAGCUCUUCUGGAGGGUGUCCCUGCCCACCCCGGCUGCCCACUCUGCUAGUCAGCAUCAGCAGGAGAAGGUUGUGAAGGACGAGGUCUCUCGGCUGCGAAAGAAGCUGACAGAACAAGAGAAGCUUCUCCAUGGCACAGUGAAACGUCUCCGAACGACCAACCAGCUGAAGGAGGGCAUGGAGAAAAUGAUCAUCGAUCAGCUGUCACUGACACAUGAUGUACUGAAGAAAGCGAGAGGAAAUUUGGAGCAGACCCAACCCCCCGAGGCUGUGACGUUAGAUGGGAGCUAAUGGAAUCCUUCGUCCAAGCUAUCAACCAGAGUGGAUCUAGUGAAGAGGCUUACUCUGCUUCUGAGGAAAUGUACGACUCUCUGACCUCAUCAUUCUGCAGUUAUUAAAAAUCAGCUACUUAAGUCAAAUUGCUGUUUUGUAAAAGGAAAAAAAUAAUUGCCUGAAAAUUAGCUUUUUUGCACAGGAUUGCAGAACUUUCCUCAAUGCUAAACAUAAAGUAAUAUGGUACAGAAACUGAAAAUAUUGUGAAAUGCUAAAGGGACUUCUGUUCGCAAACUAUGGAAAUGGGGUUUUAAAAUGUUGUAUAAGUGCUUUUAAAAUUAUGUAG